AUGGUAUGCAAGCAAGCAAAUUCUGUUAUUGCUCAGGUCGCUCAGAAACAAAUUGGCCGACAUCCGAUCGCAGCUCAACUAUUACAAGAAAAAAUAGUUGAGAGCCUUGCUACAAAGAAGAACGUUGGUGUUAUCGGCGUGGACCCAGGGCUUGUAGUAUCAGCAACUUCUAUCACCACUACUGCCAAAGAUCUGCACCAAACAAUUGUUUCGUACACCCGUCCCCAGCCAUCAUCAUCGCCAUCUUCUUCUUCAGCACCUGAAACAGCACCAACACAGCCAUCAGAUCUGCCAUCUGUGGCGCGCCCGCUACCUCCAGCACAGACUUAUACAGCUAAAAAGAAAACAGCAGCUACGCUGGAAGCAGCUCACCAAGCCAGACGGGAACAGUACAAGAAGAAACAUGACGACAAUACUGGUGAUCAAGACAGACGACAAAAUGCUCGCACUAGGGACAUCCGACACAACGUCUUUCAUCGGAAACUUGUGUCAUCGUGGAGGGCCACUGUUGUGGUGCGAACGCCACCUUACAACAUCAUUUGGGUUCCCCCGACCGUGACCAAGUUACUGCUACCAAUACCGGCGCGAAGGCAAAUUGGUCAAGGUCAACAGUGCUUUGCGGUGCACCAGUCCAGCAUGCUCGAACAAGAGUCGCAACACUCACAACAGGAGGGACCAAGUCGGGUCCGUCAAUAUCGCAUCGAUUGA